AUGCGAAAACAUCUUCAACAUUAUGGUUAUUUUUCGGGUCGAGGAGAAGUUAUAAAAAAAUACGGGUUUUUCCCAUCAAACUCUCAAGUUAUUUCAUCAUCAAGUGAUUCGGAAUCAAAUAGUAGUGACGAAGAACAAGAAAAAUAUAAAAGUAAAUCAAAUGUUGUGGAUACAAAAACACCUAUUCGACAAGCUCGUAUACCAUAUGGUUUAAAUUGUCGAGGCGGUCCAAAUGAUGAUUAUUCAUUUGAACCUCGAUGGCCUAUGGAAGUCGAAGUAUUAACUGAACCACGCAUUAAACAUAUUAGUAUUUCACCAAUGCAGCCUGAAGCUUUUUAUAAACCAACAACUAAUCAUGGACCAUUUAUACGUAGUGGUGAUGAAAAUAAUGGUCGUGUUGUUUUUAAUUAUAAUCCAGAAUCAUGUGGUUAUUUUAUUCGAUCUCGGAUUGGUGGUAAUAGAGAAGGUUGUCGACAAGCAACUGUGUCACUUCGAAAUGAUGAAGAUACAACUGUUUUAUUUGAAUCACGUUUUGAAAGUGGAAAUUUAAUGAAAGUUGUUCAAGUAGGUGAAUUUGAAUAUGAACUUUAUCUUCGAUAUGAUCUUUAUACAAAACGUAAUACACAAUGGUUUUAUUUUCGUAUGCAAAAUAUUCGAGCUGAUAAACGUUAUCGUUUUACAAUUGUUAAUUUUUUUAAACCUACAAGCCUUUAUAGUUAUGGAAUGAGACCUUUAAUGUACAGUGUUCAUGACGCUGAAACUAAGGGUAUUGGUUGGCAACGAUGGGGCGAAGAAAUUGUCUACUAUAAAAAUAAUCUACCUGCACCUGACAAUUCCUCAUAUAAUAUGUAUUCUCUUACUUGGACAUGUAAAUUCCCAAAUAAUAAUGAUACAUAUUAUUUUGCUCAUUGUUAUCCAUAUACAUAUUCUGAUUUACAAGAUUAUCUGAAUGAAAUUCAAAAUGAUCAUUUUAAAAGUCAAUAUUGUAAACAAAAAGUACUUUGUCGAACAUUAGCUGGAAAUUUUAUUUAUUUACUUACAAUAACAAAUCCAGCAACUGUACAUGGAAAUAAUGCAAGUGCAUCGCCUGAAAAUCAAGUAAAAAAAGGUGUUGUUGUAACUGCACGUGUUCAUCCAGGUGAAACAAAUGCAUCAUGGAUGAUGAAAGGUUUACUAGAUUUUUUACUUGGUGAUUCAGCUGAUGCAAAAUUACUGCGAGAUAAUUUUAUUUUUAAAAUAGUUCCAAUGCUUAAUCCUGAUGGUGUUAUUGUUGGAAAUUAUCGUUGCUCAUUAUCAGGUCGAGAUUUAAAUCGAAACUAUAAAACAAUACUUAAAGAUGCUUAUCCAUCUAUAUGGCACACAAGAGAAAUGAUUAAAAGAUUUAUGAAUGAAACAGAACUUGUUCUUUAUUGUGAUUUUCAUGGUCAUUCAAGAAAACAAAAUGUUUUUGUUUAUGGUUGUGAAAAUAAACACUUACCUAAUGAAAGACUUAAAGAAAGAAUAUUUCCAGCAAUGUUAUCAAAAAAUGAUCCUGCAAAAUUUUCAUUUUAUUCAUGCAAAUUUAAAGUUCAAAAGCAUAAAGAAGGUACUGGACGAGUUGUUAUGUGGGCCAUGGGUAUUCUGAAUAGUUAUACAUUAGAGGCAACAUUUUGUGGAUCAACUCAACAUGAUCGAGCUGGUCAUCAUUUUACGAUAAAAGAUUUUGAAUCUAUUGGUUAUCAUUUUCUUGAUUCUUUACUUGAUUAUUGUGAUCCAGAUCAUACAAAAGAACCAUAUCGUCAAAACUUAUAUGAUAAAUUGUUAAAUGGUAAUCUAAUAACAGAUGAAGAUCUAAAAGACUUUGAUAUAUCAUAUGAUGAUUCAAUACAUAAAACUAAAACACGAAUUGAUAUAAAACGAGACUUCACAAUAUCUAUUGAUGAUAAACAUUCAAAAGUGCGAACAACAAAUAAAUUAAAUAUUUCUCGUACUGUUAAAAGUGCUCCGAAUAUGCACCGAUCAAAAUCAAAAUUAAUUGUAACAACAAAACGAAAAGAAAUAAAUAUGAAUUCUUCUCGUCCUGUACCAUCACGAAAUCGAGUAUUAGUUGAACUCGAAGAUAAUUUACGACGUUCUAUACAAAUGAAACUUAUAUCACGUGGUCUUAAUCCAGCAUCAUUAGCAGACAUUGAUCUUGAUCAGUUUUCAUCUGAUGAUGAUUCGAGUGAUGACGUCGGAUCAGACUCAUCAAUGGAUGAUGGGUUACCAAAACAUUUAGAAGCAAUUGCAGCAGCUAAAACUAAUGACAUAACUAAACCAAUAUCUUUAACGUCAGCACGUCGAUUAAAAGAUACCAAUAACGAUCCAGUUCGAUAUGAAGGUUCAAAUGGUAUAAGUAAUCGUUCAAAUCGAUGGUCAACACCAACAGCAACACAAAUGACAAAUGGUCGUUUAACAACAGCUGAAGAAAAACUACGACGAUCUCAGGCUGAAUAUUAUAAGCUUUUAACUCGUGACGUGCCAACUGAUGAUCGUGAAAAACAACAAAUACAGCAGCAACUACAAACGUUAGAUGAUGAUAUUCUAAUAACAUCUACUUUUUUCCCAAGACAGCCAUCAUCAUCAGAGAAUUUACCUGACGAAGGUCUUGAACGUGAAUCAGGAGUAAAUACAAAUGUUUCAUCCACAACCUAUCCUAUGUUAGCAUCAUCUUCACGUGUUGAGGAUGAUACAACUGGUCAAUUAACAACUGAUAAUGAUACUGAUUGUGAUAUGAGUCGAACAAAUAUACUAAAUGCAAAUGAAGAUGGACGACAAUCAACAAAUACAUUUGUUACGAAUCGAGUUUCUGCUCAUUUAAACGAACGAUUACUUGGUACAUCUCGACCAUCAACUCGACCAAAAACAACAACAACAACAACUACAACAAGUCUUCUACAAAAUCGAACUGUUCUUGAUAUACGAUGUAUUCAACCACCUAUGCAAACAUCAAAUCUAAAACGUAUUGCCGAACAACAACAACAUCAACGACAGCGAGUAAUGAUGGUAUUUGGUAAACAAAAUCCUAGUGAAAUUACUGAGAAAACAAAUUCAAUAUCAUCACGUACAUUUCAUUUAUCAAUAAAUGAACGAAGAUCAGAUGAUACAUCGAUAUAUUAUGAUAGUUCGUCAUCAGUUGUUUCAAGACUUUAUCCUAUUCAACAAGAUAAUAUAUCAAUGAAUGUAACUUCUCGUUUUGAUUCAGCAUCAAUAAAUAGAACACAGACAAUCUUUUAUAUGAUGAGUUCAUCAACACCGAAACCAGUUACACUUGAAGGCAGUUGUCAUUGUCAACGUGUAAAAUUUUCAGUUGAUUCAUAUACUCCUUAUCCGUAUAUGAUUUGUCAUUGUCAUGCUGAUACAAAAACAGCUGGUGUAUUUAAUUGUAAUAUUAUGGGUGAAUAUUCAACAUUUAAAUUAAAACAAGGUCAAGAAUUUGUUAAAAUUUAUCAAGUUAAAUUAUCAGAAACUGAAAGUGGCAAAAAUGAAUCAUCAAAUACAAAAUUAAGUCCUCAUAAACGACAUUUUUGUUCUGAAUGUGGUUCAUAUCUUUGGGCUUAUCAUGAUGCAUAUCCACAAUGGAUUUAUCCAUUUGCAUCAUCUAUUGAUACACCAUUACCCAAACCUGAUCAAUAUUAUCAUAUAAUGACAGAUUUUAAACUUAAUCAUGUAGAAAUUCCAACUGGCAAAAAUAUUCAUACUUAUCCUAGUUAUCCCGAUGGAAGUAUUGAAGAAUGGCACAAAAUACAUGGCCUCUAUGGAACAUAUACAAUAGAAAAAUAA